AUGGCGGCAAAGAGCGGCUGGACCGAGUCUACGGAGAACCUCGGCGUACGCAGGAUCGAGUCCCCCGAUGCCCAGGUGGUAGGAACAACGCAGUUGUUCGAGGGAGGGCAGAUUCGAUAUGUGCCGAUGCCAACACCGGAUCCCAAGGAUCCUCUCAACUUGCCAAACUGGAGAAAGUGGACUUCCAUCGGAGCGCUCUGCUUCUUUGGUUCUCUUGCUCUCGCCGCCGAGUUCAUCGUCGGUGCGCUUGUGCCCGUCUUCGUGCUCGAGUACUCCGGCAUCGACCCCCACAUUCUCAGUCAGAUCGACAUUGGAGCGCUGAGCAAGCCUGGCGAGAUCACACUGGACCCCAUCAAGAUUCUUGCCGGUCUCGGCGGCCCGCCGCUGUGGCAAGUCUCCCUGCUGGCAUCCGUGCCGCUGCUUGUCAACGGUCUCAGCUCUUACCUGCUCGUGCCGCUGUCGAUCGCCAUCGGUCGUCGCCCCGUGUUGCUGCUCUCCGGCUUCCUCGCGUGGACUGGUGGUCUCUGGGCCGGCUUCUCUCAGGGCCUGGGCAGCCAUCUUGCGGCUCGCUGCUUCCAGGGAUUCGGUGCAGGUGCUGUUGAGGCUUUGAUUCCUCUGAUUAUUCAGGAUAUGAUGUUCAUUCACCAGCGCAACAAGGCCAUUGCCUCUGUUGGCGCUUCGCAGGGUCUCCUGAUUGUCAGCUUGGGUAUUAUGAGUCCCAUCAUCGUGUCCCGCCUCAGCUGGCGCUUCAUCUACUGGAUCACCUCCGGUGUUGGCGUGUUGGCUUGGAUCGGCCUCAUCCUCCUCGUCCCUGAGACUCGCUGGAUCCGCAGCGGAGAUGAGCUUGCCGGAAAGGAGGUCUACCCUCUUCGCCCUGGAGAAACCCGUCCCCGCAUCGACGAGUCUGCCUUCCGACCUCGCUCCAACUGGGAUGAGUUCGGCAUCAUGAACUACGGUUAUGAGUGGAAGGCCGCCAAGCAGUCAGUCUGGGACAUGCUGAAGACCACCGUUUUCCCCAACAUCAUCUGGGUCAUCAUCAUCAACUCGAUUCUUGUAUCGAUGCAAGGUGCCAUCAGUCAAGUCGCAUCUUCCGUCCUUAUCGCCGCUGGUUGGAAAUUUGAGACACUCGGUUUCGUCGUCAUUCCCAUCGUCAUUGCGUCACCGUUCGUUUGGUUCUUUGGUGGUUAUGUGGCAGAUUGGAUCUCCAACUUCAUCGCAAAGCGCAACGGCGGUCGUCGCGAGCCCGAGGGCCACUUGGUCAGCUUGGUCUUCCCUCUUCUGGCGUCCAUCAUCGGUCCGAUUUUGUUCGGUUACGCGGCAGAGAACAUUCGCACGCUUCCCUCGAUUGUCGUACUGAUUUCCGUCUUCUUGAUUGGUUUCGGUCUCUUGACUGCCAACACCAUCUUUGCCGUAUACUUGGUUGAGAGUUAUCCUCAAUUUGCUGGUCCUGUCUUGGUCAACGUCUCCUCCUCCCGUCUCAUCAUUGGUUUCAUCAUGUCAUUCAAUGUUACGACUUGGAUCGAACAGCUCGGCUUCAUUAAGAACUUUGGCAUUUAUUCUGCCGCCCUCGCCGGUGUUUCCAUGCUUCUCCCCGUCAUGUACAAGUACGGCAAGCCGAUCCGUGCCUGGACUGCCGGCCGUCUCCAGCCCACGAUCCCCGCGAAGACGCUCGAAGACGACGAGUACUGGAACCAGGACCGGCCGCAGUGGCAAGACGAGAAGAUGGGUAGGGCACUCUGA